GGGCUCCCCAUUGUCAGGCUCCAAGCCGGCCGUGCAUGGUGGGAGGUGGCAUGGCGGCCCUUGCGUGAUACUUACAGCUUUGCUAGCUCGUGCUUGAAUGCAACCGCUUCGCAGCACUUGGCGGCCUCCAAGGCCAGCUCAAAAGGUCCGCUCAAUAUCGUCAAAAGGCAGCCUUCUGGUGGCUUUCUUUCAAGCAACUGCCAAACAGCCUGCGAGGUGGAGACAUGAUGUGCACUGCGCCUCACAGGAAAACCAACCCCUGUUUUCAGAAGAUGGAUUGCUAGCUGCAAAACUAGGACUUCCUGCUGCUACUAGUUCCUUAGCUUGUGCUCCGACGUUAAUGAGAUUGGUCCAGCUAGUGCGCUAGUUGGUGUUAUUGCCCCUUGAGCAAUGGGAGCAAUCAAUGUGACGUAGAACGUUCUAAUGUGCUCAACAUUAUUGGUCCAGCUCUUCAAAAUCGUGCACGAGUCUGCAUUUGAUUGAUCCGUUUCCUAAGGUCAGCUAGUUUAGUGCAUCUUUUUGUAAUACACAAUGGGGGCACUCAAGCUGAAGUGGACCUGAUUAAAUACACUCUGUGGGAGCAGAGGUAAAGUGAGGUCGGACGUAAUGAAGGGAUUAGGCUGCAGCCAUGCACUGAGAUUGGUCCUGAUUCUGUGGGCACUUCUUUCCGUCUACCAUUUUGUGAGCUACCUCCAGUCCACCGAUGAGAAAGGAACCGCACGAGCUGCUUUAAGCGAUGCACGGGUGGCAUUGGAUAUGGCGAGCCCAGACGCCUGUGCAAGCAAGCACUUGUACGUAUACGAGGACUUAGUGACUCCGUAUAACGAAGAGAUUGUGGAGAGAUGUGGAAACCUGGGAGGUCACAGCAUGUGCGAUGCUCUGCAAAACGAGGGGCGCGGCGAGCCAGACGCAGAGCUAUGCAGGCGGGAGGCCCUUAACCGAGCAGGGUCAAAAGAGGCUUCCGCUACGGCAGACUCCAAUGCAGGAUCGGACGUUGUGGUUAAUUGCAGCUGGUUCCGCACUAACCAGUUUUCUCUAGAGGUCCUGCUCCACCACCGCCUGCGGGGGCACCCUUGCCGCGUGGGGGACCCGUCCGAAGCCCAGCUCUACUACGUGCCUUUUUACACCGGCCUCGAGAUUAAGCGUUCGUGGGGCAACCAGGCCGCCGCGGUGGACCGCUUUAACCGGGUCCUUAACCCGCUGGUCACCUCCCCAUACUUUCAGAAGCGCAGGGGUUUGGACCAUUUUAUGGCGUUUGGGAGGAUGGGGAUGGAGUUUGGAUUUUGUCACGGGUUUGUGACCUGGUUAGGGAACGUGACCAAGCUGAUGAUUGAGGCGGGGUGGAAUCAAGAGGGGUUCAGGACGGGGAGGGAGAUCGGUGUGCCGUACCCGACAGGGUUUCACCCAGCCGAGCUGGCGGAUGUGAAUAGGCACCGGAGAAGCGUGAGAGGGGCAGCCAGAGAUAUCCUGGUGAGCUAUGCGGGGGCGGUGGGAAGACCGUACGGCAUCUGGGCGCAGCGUUUUGGCACCGCCCAGUUGCGCGCCCGGCUGGCGCACGAGUGCGAGCGAAUGCGCGACAAGUGCCGCUUGGUGGUCUGUGACUACGUCCAGGACAACUGCUCUCCGAGCGCCCUACACGACCUUUUCAUGCGGUCCACGUUCUGUCUCCAGCCGCAGGGCGACAGCCCCACCCGGCGGUCCACUUUUGACGCGCUCCUCGCGGGGUGCAUUCCCAUCUUCUUCCACACGGACAGCUUCCAGUCGCAGUACGAGGAAGCUCUCGGUGUGAACGCGUCCGAAGUGUCGGUUUUCAUUGCCCCAGAACGUCUGGUCAGUGAGAGCUGGUCUUUAUAUGCAGAGCUAGAGGCGAUCGACGAGGCAAGGAGGAAACGGAUGCAGAGCGCGAUAGUGGACCUCGUGCCGAGGAUUGUGUACGGAAAGGAACAUGUCGGGUCGGCAUGGAAAGACGCCGUAGACAUUGCUCUAGAGGGCGUGAUGGAGAAGGCUGCGGUAGGCUCGCGGUAGGAUCGUAACUCUGAGGGGGUUUGUAGACCGUAUUGAGUCCGUCCACCCCCGCAGUCAAUUCGACUGCCAUGGUUACGGUAAUUGACCUAGUUGAUGGUUUUGCUGCUUAAGGGAAUGGCGGUACUUAGAUUUCAGCCAAAAGAAUAGAAGUGCGAGUCAUUGAGCUCCUGUCUGCUUUGCCAAACAGCGGUUUGCAGAUGCAAGCAACCUGCCCCCC